AUGAUUGAAAAUGUCUUCAACAGACUUGAAGAAUUUCACGAAAGUCUUCUACAACUCAAAGAUUUUGAAGAAGAAAUUAGCACUAUAUUUAUGCUAAUCAGUUUUGCUUCUGUUUCCAAGCUUAUUAAGUAUGAACGGGAUUUACCAGUCCGGCGAAUCACAUACAAUCUUGUAGAAAAUACUCAAGAAUAUCUAAGAAGACAAGCUUUUCUUUUAAACUGGAUUCUACGUGAUUUUAUUCGAAGAACCGUAGUAAAACUGCUAUUAAAUACAAGCACACGGCCAUUCCUUUGA